UCGAUAACAUCGAUGCAUCGAUUUACUCACAUUUUUUGGGUGUUUUAAAAGCGUGAAAAAAACGCCUAAACAAGCCAAAACGGCUGCACAUCAGGACUAAUAAGCGCAGUUAAUAGUUAAACGCAGCCGCUGCACUAAAAGGAAUUAACCAACGAGGAGGCAAAAGGCUGAGCGACCGCAGCAGAGUGUGUUAUUGAACAACGGCUGAAGAGGCAGAAGCAGAGGCAGUGGCAGAGGUUGUGUAUGAGCAGCAGGAAGGGUGGUGGCGGAGCGUGUGUGUGUGUGCUACGUGCUUGUGUAUGUGUGUGUGAGUGUGCGUGUGUGUGGGCAGAAGUUGCGGCUGUGGAGCAGCGGCGACGUUAGCGGCAGCGCAAGUGGCAGCGGCAGAUUGACUAGUUGUUGUUGUUGUUGGAGAGAAGAGCAAACACAAAACCACGAUUUCUACGAUUUCAACAAAAAAAAAAAUCACAAGUAUCAAAAGUUGAACAAACACAAACACUACAACAACAACAGUAACAGCAACAACAAACUAUAUAGAGUAAAGUGGCAGCAGCGUUUAAAGUGCUUUUGUGAGCAGAAACCAAAGCAAACGACGACCGCACCCUAAUGUCAAAUAGCCAAGCAAAUGCCGGCAGCAGUGGUAGCGUCGUGGAUGAAACGAAUCCCAAUCCGAGUCCAAAUGCAGCCAAUCCCGCCAGCGUCAUUUUGACGACAACGUCGAGCACAUUGCAGGCAGCAGCAGCAGCUGGUGCAUCAACAGCUGCCGCUGGAGUCGCCGCAAGCACAACAACAACCGCAACAACAACAACUGGAGCACCUGGAACAACUGCAACUUCAGCAACACCAGAAGGCGGCGCCGUUCCAAACUUGGCUGUGGACUCAUCGCCAAGGGAAUCGGGCGAUGAUUCAGAAGAUGAGAGCGAAAUACUGGAAGAGUCGCCAUGCGGACGCUGGCUGAAGCGACGCGAGGAAGUGGAUCAGCGUGAUGUGCCCGGCAUCGAUUGUGUGCAUCUGGCAAUGGACACCGAGGAGGGUGUCGAGGUCGUUUGGAAUGAGGUGCAAUACGCGCAGCUGCAGGAGCUCAAAACCCAGGAGGAUAAGAUGCGUCAAGUCUUUGACAAUCUGCUGCAGCUCGAUCAUCAGAAUAUUGUCAAAUUCCAUCGCUAUUGGACGGACAUCUCACAGGCGGAGCGACCGCGUGUCAUCUUCAUUACGGAGUACAUGUCGUCGGGGUCGUUGAAACAGUUCCUCAAGCGCACCAAGCGCAAUGCAAAGCGUUUGCCAUUGGAGUCGUGGCGACGCUGGUGCACACAGAUCCUGUCCGCGCUCAGUUAUUUGCAUUCCUGCUCGCCACCCAUCAUUCAUGGCAAUUUAACCUGUGAUAGCAUUUUCAUACAGCACAAUGGUCUGGUCAAGAUCGGCUCUGUGGUCCCCGAUGCAGUGCAUUAUAGCGUGCGACGUCAGCACCUCGAGCAGCAGCAGCGUGAGCGUGAAAGGGAGCGCGAACAGGAGCGUGGUGGCCACUAUUUCCAUGCUCCCGAAUAUGGUGCUGCGGAGCAAUUAACAGCGGCUGUGGACAUUUAUGCGUUUGGAAUGUGCGCCCUGGAAAUGGCCGCGCUGGAGAUACAGCCGCAGUCGAGCAAUAGCGAAUCGACAGCUAUUAAUGAGGAGACCAUAUUGCGCACAAUCAAUAGUCUGGACAAUGAUCUGCAGCGUGAUCUAAUACUGAAGUGCUUGAAUCCACAGCCACAGGAUCGACCAAGUGCCAGCGAUUUGCUUUUUCAUCCACUACUCUUUGAGGUGCAUUCUUUGAAGCUGUUGGCCGCCCAUUGUUUGGUCUUCUCGCCUGCCAAUCGUACCAUGUUUUCCGAAACCGCCUUUGAUGGCCUCAUGCAGCGCUAUAAUCAUCCCGAUGUAAUAAUGGCGCAGCUCAAUCUGUCCGGUUCAACGGAACGCCAUCAAUUUCGCCUGUCCGAUGUGCCAGGCGCUGAUAAGCUGGAAAAGUUCGUCGAGGAUGUCAAGUAUGGCGUGUAUCCGCUGAUCACGUACAGCGGCAAGAAGCCACCACAUUUUCGUUCUCGUGCCGCAUCCCCAGAGCGUGCUGAUUCCGUUAAAUCGGCCACGCCGGAACCCGUGGACACCGAAUCACGUCGCAUUGUUAACAUGAUGUGCAGCGUCAAGAAAUUGAAGGAGGACAGCAACGAUAUACUAAUGACAAUACUGUUGCGCAUGGACGACAAAAUGAAUCGACAGCUGACGUGUCAGGUGAACGAAGAGGAUACGGCUGCCGAUUUGACCAGUGAACUGGUGCGUCUGGGAUUUGUGCAUCUGGAUGAUCAGGAUAAGAUCGAGGUGCUACUGGGCGAGACGUUGCGUGCGGGCGUACUCAACGAUGGCGCUGGAUCCGAAAGUUCCGGCGCUGGCGUAACGACAACGGCAACGAUGGCGGCUUUAGAGCAAUUGGAGCGCAACUGGUCGAUAUCGGAUGCGGACAAGACGAUGACAAGCAGCAUGUCGGUGAACACAUCGCCAAGUUCGGCGGCAUUGAUGUAUGUGCCACAGCAGGAGCAGCAGCCGGGCGAGGGUGCCGCAGAGGGAACGCCGAUCCUCAAUAGCCACAGCAGCAAUUAAAGAGGAUGCAAGAUUAUGGAGAUGAUGAAAGUAUUUGGGGCAAAGCCGACGACGGGGUGCGCAUUGUUUUUAUUAAUGGCAUAAUUACACACUACGAUUUUAUUGCUACUAUUAUUUUUGUUAUUUUUAUAUGUAUGUAUAUGCUUAUGUAUCGCAUAUGUAUGUACACACACAUAUAUGUAUGUAUGUAUGUAUUCGAAAUAAUAUUUAUGUAUGUAUGUAUAUUUAAACGAUGUUGUACAAGGCUUCCAGGCUAAGAGAUUUCCGAGAUUGUGUAUCCUACACUCACACACACACACAUAAUACACACUUAGACACACACAUACACACGCAGCUGCUGUAAACUCGUAAAAAAGAGCAGAAGACAGGAGAUGAGCUUAUGAAAUCGAAGCAUUCGCUUAGCACGACUUUCGAAAAACAAAAAAGCCGAAUCGAAUUCGGCAUUUUCGAAUACAACGCUAGAAAAUUUAAUCUAUAAACUAUAAAUAUGAUAAAUACUAAAUACAAAAUAUAAAAAAAAAACAAACAUUUCAAAGGCAGCUGCCACAACA